UUUUCUUCCCAUUUCCCACCCACUUCCCCCAACUCCUGGUCGCGUGCAUGGAAGGGGCUUUUCCCACGGGAAGGGAAAUAGCUGGCAUGCCUGGCUUUGCUGCAGAAGCAGCAGCAGCUGCGCCCAGAGGAACUAACUUCCCCAUAAAGCGUUUGUUAAGGCAACAGCAGAACAGUAGAAUGAUGAUGCCCACAAAGUCAUGUUGCCUUCUAGUCCUCUGUGUUGUGCUUCCCUUUUCAUAUGCGCAUACAGAUUUCUUCACUUCCAUUGGUCACAUGACAGACUUAAUUAAUACGGAGAAAGACCUGGUGACUUCACUAAAAGACUAUAUCAAGGCAGAAGAGAGCAAGCUGGAACAGAUUAAGAAGUGGGCAGAGAAGCUGGAUAAGCUGACAGACACUGCAACGAAAGACCCAGAGGGGUUCUUGGGGCACCCUGUGAAUGCAUUCAAAUUGAUGAAGCGACUUAACACAGAGUGGAGCGAGCUGGAGAACCUAGUCCUGAAGGAUAUGUCUGAUGGGUUCAUUUCUAACAUGACUAUUCAACGCCAGUAUUUCCCAAAUGAUGAAGAUCAGACUGGUGCUGCCAAAGCUCUCUUACGGCUCCAGGAUACGUAUAAUUUGGAUACAGACACUAUAUCGAGGGGAAAUCUCCCAGGAGUGAAACAUAAGACAUUUCUAACAGCUGAGGAUUGCUUUGAGCUGGGCAAGAUUGCAUACACUGAAGCAGACUACUACCACACUGAACUGUGGAUGGAGCAAGCUCUAAAACAGCUGGAUGACGGAGAGGUUUCUCCUUCCAUUGGCAAGGUUUCUGUUCUGGACUACUUGAGUUAUGCUGUGUACCAGCAGGGGGAUCUAGAGAAAGCGGUGAUGCUUACCAAGCGUCUACUUGAGUUAGAUUCAGAACACCAGAGAGCUAAUGGCAACAUGAAAUACUUCGAGUACAUCAUGGAAAAAGAAAAAGAAAAAGAAGCAAACAAGACUAUUGCCCAAACCGAUGGACAGACUGAAAAGGAUAGCAAAACUCAGAAAAGGGGACCUGCCAAAGAUUACCUCCCAGAGAGACAGAAGUAUGAAAUGCUGUGCCGUGGGGAGGGUCUCAAAAUGACCCCAAGAAGACAAAAGAAGCUUUUUUGCCGCUAUUACGAUGGGAAUGGGAAUCCCAAGUACAUACUGGGCCCUGUUAAACAAGAGGAUGAAUGGGACCGCCCUCGGAUUGUUCGCUUUGUUGAAAUAAUCUCUGACGAAGAAAUAGAAACUGUCAAAGAGCUUGCAAAACCGAGGCUGAGGCGAGCCACCAUUUCAAACCCCAUAACAGGCGUUUUGGAGACUGCACAUUACAGAAUUAGCAAAAGUGCCUGGCUGUCUGGAUAUGAAAACCCUGUAGUAGAACGUAUUAAUGCAAGAAUACAAGAUCUUACAGGACUGGAUGUUUCCACAGCAGAGGAGCUGCAGGUAGCAAAUUACGGAGUGGGAGGACAGUAUGAGCCCCACUAUGACUUUGCUCGGGCAAGUAAAGAGAUGGGUGAAAAAUGAAAUAGUCUGAAGCCUAGGCCUUUCAGCCUGUGGCACAAAUGUUUAAUUGGGUGUUCGUGUUGCAUUCAAGUCUUCUAAUCUGUGUGAAAGGAUUAAAGUCCUCUAAACCACCAUCUGAACAACAGAGAAUAACAAAUAUUACCAAAAUGUGAAAGUGAAAUGCUGUUAAGUGAAUGAAAGGAUUAAAGGGGGAAAUGCAGGAAAUGGUGGCUGGUACAUUUAAGGUGAUGGUAUUAAAAAAAAACCAACCAAAGCUCUUAUGCAGGCAUCCCCAAACUGCGGCCCUCCAGGUGUUUUGGCCUACAACUCCCAUGAUCCCUAGCUAACAGGACCUGUGGUCAGGGAAGAUGGGAAUUGUAGUCCAAAACAUCUGGAGGGCCGGAGUUUGGGGAUACCUGCUCUUAUGUCAUAGUGAUAUAUCUGCAACCAACCAUAGGGUGAAGGGCUUAAAAAAACACCAAAUGGGUUUAGGUAGGCUUGGAUAUUUAUGGGUUUCAAAUCACUGAAACUGUUAACAGGUUUAUACACCUGUUUUAAGUUGCAGUACAGAUUAGAGGAACCAAGUGAUCCUGAAGGGUUAACAUCUCUGUAUCUCUCGAUUUUAGCUUAUAUUUACUUCUGGGUGGGCUGCAAGAUUUUUUUUUAUACUACCUUUUAUUUUUUUUAUUGAGACAAGGCUGCAAGAAAUAGGGCAACUGAUCUCAAAUGGUGGUUUACAGGGCAUUUAUGUGUUAAAUUACAACCAUCAAUUAACAUUCUCCUUUGAGCCCACCAUUAAUUCAUUAAAAUUAUUGCCGUAACAUAAAUCUUGAUUUGAUUCCCCCCCCCUUAAGAAAAUUAUAUAUAGUAAGUCUGUAUUGGCUUAUAUGAUGCAAGUUGUUAAUCGUUUUUUCCUCCCAUGCAUGCGUUUAGCAGAAAAAAAUUUUUUUUGAAAGAAUAUCUUUGCUGUGCAAUCCUGUUCAGUAAAUCCCACUUUAUUAAAUGGGGCUUCCUCCCAGAUACAGUAUGUAUAAUAAUGCACCCUUCCAGCAUAUAUGCAGAAGUAAAACCCAUUGACAUAAAUGGGUCUUACUCCCAGUAAGUGUGUGUAAGAGUGCCGCCUUAAUAUGCUAAAAUAGCAUCCAAUAAUAUAAUGUGUGGGGAAAACUGGAUUCUUCCCAAGCAUGUACAUGUGAAAGCAAUUAGGGUUGAGCAGUGGGGGGAAAUCCCUUCUAAUUCUAGGGGUGAAAAACACAUUGUUUGCUUUGACAUAAAUCAUUUAAAUUGCCAAGUAUAUUUUAAACUUCUGGUUGUCUUGAGUUGCAGUUGGUGGUCAGCAUAUAAUUUCUUGUUGCCUGGUUGUUCUGUGAUUUUUAGACCAAUUCCUCUAAUCUGCAGAUGUAGGAAAGAGCAAUGGAAACGUGUUCUGCCUAAAAAGAUUAUGUGCCUUCAAAAGUCAUGUUACUUUUCUAGAUUGUGAUGGCUGUCUUCAUGGGAUUUCUGAGAGGUCCCCAAAGACCAUGAACUUUGUGUAUUUAUUUUUAAAAAACAUAUUUACUCUGUAUGCAUGCAACCGCAGGUGGAAGAUAUCUUGCACUAUUUCCUAUAUUUCACACUAUACAUUGGACCCAGGAGGCUCAGCUUACAGGAAAGAUGUCUCUCCCCAGCAGAGAAAGUUCUGAGCAAUGUAAACACUUCAGUGACUCAUAAAAUCACCCUUUUUGCUUUAGCGACCAAAAAGGUCAGAAAGAACACCCUAGACAAUAUAGCAGUGAACUGUAAGGGAGACGCAGAGAUCUAAAUAGAAACCAUUGUGGCGCGACACCCCUUUUGCUUGUAUUUAUUUUUUAUUCAGAUUUGUCAUGGCCAAUGGCUACUACAUUAAAUUAUUUUGAUUGGAUUGGAUUGAAUUUACACUGCUUUUCAUCCAAAAAGGCUCCCAGAGCAGUUUAUAGAUCAAUAAAAAAAAGAUAGCCCUUGUCCUCAGGCUUACAACCCAAAAGCCAUGACACACAACGAAAAAUGAAUGGGGAGGGAGGAGGAAACAUGUAAGCUUAGGCAUCCAUCCUUAAAAUUACAGUUCUUAUAUUGAUCAGCCAGGAUCAGAACUGUUCAGAUAGCCUGAUAGAAGGGCUGCUUUCUAGGUGACAGUUGAGGGAGAGCAGCUGAAUUCAUAGCAGAACAAAUGGAAUAGCUCCGCUUCCCUUCUCUCCCUUUGCUCUGCAGCCUAAUGAAAUUAUACAACUCUCGGUAGUGAUAUCUUAAGCAUCAGCAAUACAUCAACAAUAACUUACACAGUGUCCAAAUCUCAUUCCUGUUGGUUCAUUCCAUUCUCUCUCUCUGUUAUCCAUCACUGGAAGGAGUUAAGAGUUCUCAGUCGCAGCAUCAGAGAGAUGCCAUGUUAGGAUAACCUAGCAAGUAAAGUCUGGCCAGGUCCCAGGACACCAGAAGCAUACCUUUUGCCUUAAGAACUUUGUAUGCUGAUAGUGUAAAACUCAAAUGCUGAAAUGACAGCUUAUUUGAAUGGAUACCUUUAACUUCUGGGUGAAACGCUUGAUAAUUUUUUCAGAUAACUACUACUAAUUUUCCCUUACUUACAUCGUGCAUUCUAAAAAUUAAUGUUUGUAAAUGUCUAACGCUGUGUGCCGUUGUUGGGUUUCGCUUGUACAGUAAGACCUCGUACUGCAUGUUUUUC